AGACGGAGGUGUAUGGUUAUUGUAUAGGUUAAGGAGGGAGAGAGAAAAGGAAGAAAAAGAAAGAAGCUUAAAGAGUAGAACGAACUCUCUUCAAACACAAGAACUACAGAGCACUGAACUGAGGACAACCCUAGAAGAAGAAGAAGACAGGAGUGGGAAAUGGGGAAGAAUAAGAAUAAGGAUAAAGCCACAAGUACGGGGAGGAACAAGAAAAAAUCUCCCAUUGCUGAAGAAACUAGGAUCCGGCUAAUGCGGGCAUUACACGACUUCCAAUCCUCCAAAGCCACAGUAUAUACAUUUGAGCCUCAGCUGUCAAACCACGAACGAGCUCUAGUGCACGAAUCAUGCAGAAAAAUGGGCAUGAAAUCCAAGAGUACUGGGAGUGGGGCUCAACGCCGCAUUUCUGUUUACAAAGCUAAAAAGAAGAAUGAUGCGAAGGUUCAGAGUCUCACUGUUGUGAAAUUUUCUGAGGAAUCAAAAGAAGCAUUGCAAGAUCUUUUUAUGCGGUAUCCACCUGUUGAUGGGGAAGAGGGGAAAGAAUUGAUUGGGAGAACUAGUGAAAAAGUUGGCAAGUCGCGUCGUAAGGCGGAUGAUAUUUUCCGUAGGCCAUCAGUGAGCAAGGCGGAUUUUGCACAGAAGGUUGAAUCACUUGCUUCUAGAAUAAAGAAUGUUGCAGCGUUGGCACAGCUUACUAAAGAAAGGUUCAAACUUCCAAUUGCUUCUUUUAAAGAUAUGAUUACAACAACGAUUGAAUCUCACCAGGUAGUUCUUGUAUCUGGUGAGACAGGGUGUGGGAAGACUACGCAGGUUCCCCAAUUUCUUUUGGACUAUAUGUGGGGCAAGGGUGAAGCUUGUAAAAUAGUGUGUACACAACCUCGACGUAUCUCUGCCAUGUCAGUUGCUGAGAGAAUCUCUUCCGAAAGAGGACAAAAUAUUGGCGAGGAUAUUGGAUACAAGAUACGAUUAGAAAGUAAAGGUGGGAGGCACUCGUCAAUUGUAUUCUGCACAAAUGGGAUUUUAUCGAGGAUUCUAGUUUCUAAUGGUGUCAACACCCAAGCAACAAUGGGACGUAAAAACCAAGAGAUCUCUGAGAUUACUCACAUUAUUGUGGAUGAAAUUCAUGAACGGGAUCGCUACUCUGAUUUCAUGCUUGCUAUUAUGAGAGAUGUGCUUCCCUCAUACCCCCAUCUGCGUCUGAUACUGAUGAGUGCAACUCUUGAUGCUGAUCGGUUUUCACAAUAUUUUGGUGGUUGCCCAAUAAUUCGUGUUCCUGGGUUCACUUAUCCUGUCAAAACUUACUAUUUGGAGGAUGUACUUUCUAUCCUUCAAGCGGAAGGCAAUAAUCACCUUGAUAAUAGUAUAUUAUGUGCUACACGUAUAGAAUCUGAGUUAAUAGAGGAAGAUAAGCUUGUUUUAGAUGAUGCUAUUAAUUUGGCUUGGUUAAAUGAUGAGUUUGAUCCCCUUCUAGAAUUGGUUUCUUCUGAGGGAACCCAAAAAGUGUAUAAUUACCAGCAUUCUGUGAAUGGUCUGACUGCAUUAAUGGUGUUUGCUGGAAAGGGUAGAGUUGGAGAUGUCUGCAUGCUCCUAUCUUUUGGUGCAGACUGCCAUCUACGAGGCAAGGAUGGAACAACUGCACUCGAAUUGGCUGAAAAAGAAGACCAACGAGAAACUGCUGCGAUACUAAAACAGCAUAUGCAAAAUUCUCUUUCUAGCUCCUUGGAAGAAAAACAGUUGGUUGACAAUUAUUUUGCACAAAUCAACUCAGAACACACUGAUGUUGUUCUCAUUGGGAAAUUGUUGAUGAAAAUUUGUACUGAUUCAGAAGAUGGAGCUAUUCUUGUGUUUCUCCCAGGGUGGGAUGAUAUAAAUAAAACCCGCGACAUAUUACUUAUGAACCCUUUAUUCAAGGAUACUUCCAAAUUUAAUAUAUUAUCUCUUCACUCAAUGAUUCCAUCCCAUGAGCAAAAGAAGGUUUUCAAGCGCUCACCUCCUGGUUGCCGUAAAAUUGUUCUUUCAACCAAUAUUGCUGAAACUGCCAUAACUAUUGAUGAUGUUGUGUAUGUUAUAGACAGUGGUAGGAUGAAAGAAAAAAGUUACGAUCCAUAUAAUAAUGUAUCGACCCUUCAAUCUUCUUGGGUUUCAAAAGCCAGUGCCAGGCAGAGAGAGGGACGUGCAGGUCGCUGUCAGCCUGGGAUAUGUUAUCAUCUUUAUUCUAAGAUUCGAGCAGCAAGUUUACCAGAUUUUCAAGUUCCUGAAAUUAGGAGGAUGCCAAUUGAGGAACUUUGUUUGCAGGUGAAGCUGCUUGAUUCAGAUUGUAAGAUAGAUGAUUUCUUACAGAAGACAUUGGAUCCUCCAGUUUUCGAGACCAUACGAAAUGCUAUUAUUAUUCUUCAAGACAUUGGAGCUUUGUCGCCUGAAGAGAAACUUACUGAACUUGGAGCAAAGCUAGGUUCCCUCCCUGUUCAUCCAGUAACAUGCAAGAUGCUUUUCUUUGCGGUAUUGAUGAACUGCCUGGACCCUGCGUUGACUCUGGCAUGUGCUGCUGAUUACAAAGACCCAUUUACUCUUCCCAUGUUACCUCAUGAAAAGAAAAAAGCUAAUGAUGCUAAAUCUAAGUUUGCUUCAAUGUAUGGAGGCCAUAGUGAUCAGCUAGCAGUCGUAGCUGCAUUUGAGUGCUGGAAGACUGCAAAGGAUAGGCACCAAGAGGCACAAUUUUGCGCUCAGAAUUUUGUCUCGUCAAGCACCAUGUCUAUGUUGGCUGGUAUGCGGAAACAGCUCCAAAACGAACUUAUCCGAAAUGGGCUUAUUCCUGAGAAUAUCUCAAGUUGCAGCCUGAAUGCCCGUAACCCAGGUAUACUCCAUGCUGUACUUGUGGCUGGUUUGUAUCCUAUGGUGGGGAGAUUGCUUCCACCUUAUCAGUCAAAUAAUAGGUUAUUUGUAAACACUGCCAGUAAUGAUAAAGUUCGUUUGCACCCUCAAUCCGUUAACUCCACAUUAUCUUUCAAAGAGACUGAUAGUCCUCUAGUUAUGUAUGAUGAGAUCACUCGAGGAGAUGGUGGUAUGUUCAUCAGGAACUGUACCGUUGUUGGACCAUUGCCAUUGUUAUUUCUUUCAACAGAAAUUGCUGUUGCUCCUUUCUUAGAUGACGGAGUUGAUGAUGAUGAUAACGAUGAUUUUGGAAGUGACAAUGAGAGUGAAGAUGAAAGCGACAAAGAUGAAGACAAAGUUAUGUCAUCGCCUGAAAAUUCAGUUGUAGUCAUAGCGGAUCGGUGGCUUUAUUUUAAGUCUACAGCACUUGAUGUUGCUCAGAUAUACUUGCUGAGGGAGCGAUUAUCUGCAGCAAUUCUAUUCAAGGUUAAAAACCCAAAAACAAUGCUGCCUCCAAUUCUUCAGGCCUCAGUAUAUGCCAUAGCUUGCACUCUAUCUUCCGAUGGUCUAUAUGGGGUCUCAUUUUUUAAUUCGAGCAACGAAAGAAGCUUGACCAACACACCUAAUGGUAGCUCUAUUGUGGGUAGGCGUGGUGCACCUACAAACCCUCAUGAAUCAUCAUCAAAUGGUUCAAAGGGAGAUUCACAUAAGUACCGGCAACGGAAUGGUGCCGGUUAAAGAUCUCGUUCUUUAAAGUCUCCAUUUGACAUUUGCUGUAUACCAAUAGAAUGAGCCAAAUUAGGCUAUGCUGGAAAUAUGUGUACUCACCAUAUGGAUAUAGGUUGGUGGGGGAAAUUUGGGGGAGCUCUUUUGGCCCAAUACUUCUAAAUUUAAAAAAAAAAUUAAAAAAAAAACUCUUCAAUGCUUAUUCAACUUAUAUAUUGGGAGAAAAAAUUGUCUUAUAUAUAGAUAAUGUGCAUGUUCUUAUAUCCUCACUCGCAAGUAUCAUUUAAGGAACAAAAUAUCUGAAAUAAUUUUUAGUAUAAAGCCAAAACCUUAUCUAAAAAAUUAUACUAUUAUCCCCACUAAAAAAAAUCUUGGGAUGAGAUUGACACGUGGGUCCUAGUUCAAGAACUAUAAAUUCUGCAUUAAAAAAAAUGGAUUGAAAUUCAUCAAAAACAAGAAGAAAAUGGGAAUAAUAAUAGCAAUGAAAGGUCAUCCGGGAACAGGGAAGAGCACCUUGGGUGAGUCCAUAGCUUCAGCUCUGAAACUUCCUCUCUUAGACAAAGAUGACAUCAGAGACUGCACUUUCUCUCUCGAACGCUCUCUCUCACCUCACACCUCCUCCUCCUCCGCCGUCUCUUCCCUCCUCAACGACCUCUCCUAUUGCGCCACCUGGCAGGUCGCGUCCACCCAGCUCCGCCUCGGCCUCGGCGGCGUCGUCAUAGUCUCGCCUCUCUCCCGCCGCGCCCACCUCGAUCGCCUCCUUGAACUGGCCUCGUCUCACGCGGCUCGGGUGGUGAUUGUCGAGUGUAAGCCCAAGGACGAGGUCGAGUGGCGCCGGCGGCUCGAGCGGCGCGGAGAAGCCGAGGGAGCCAGCUGCUGGCACAAGCCGUCCACGUGGCGAGAUAUGGAGAAGCUAUUGGAUGGGUAUGCGGGUUGUACGGACUACGACGUGGGUGAUGUGCCUAGGAUCGUUGUGGAUACGACUGCUUCUGUGAGUGUUGAUGAGUUGGUUUCCAGUGUGGUCGACUUCAUUUGUUCUCAUGCUCCUUCUCCUUAUCCGGUCGAUGAAUAUUAGUAAAUAUUAUUAAUAAUUAGAAUAAAUAAAUAGUAAAUAAAUAAAGGUUAAUGUAACUUCUUGGUUUUAACUUAUAAAUAAAAAGUUAAUAACUUUUUGUUAUGUAAUUAA